AUAGUAUUCCUAAUACUAGAAUCUAGAGAAGAGACGUUGCGAUCUAAAACACUCUCAAAGAUAACAAUUUCAAUCCAACUCCAACUCACUCAGAUCAUCAAUCAUGCUAUAUUGUCAUCAGUCAUCUUAAUUACCGGUUAGUUAGAUCAUUCACAUUCACCCUUUGUUCUUUUGGUCUACCCUGUAAAUGGAGGAGGAGAAACAGAGAGGCAAAGGGCACAGACUAUUGCUGAUGCCAUCACCAUUACAAGGCCACAUAACACCAUUUCUCCACCUCGGUGACAUCCUCUUCUCAAAGGGCUUCUCCAUCACCAUUCUCCACACCAUCUUCAACUCCCCAAACCCUUCUUCCUACCCUCACUUCACCUUCCACGCCAUCCCCGACGGCUUAUCAGAAACAGAAGCUUCAACACUCGACGCCGUGCUCCUCACCGACCUCAUCAACAUCAGAUGCAAGCACCCUUUGAAGGAAUGGUUGGCUUCUUCGGUGCUGUCUCAUCAGGAACCUGUUUCUUGCUUCAUUUCCGAUGCUGCACUUCACUUCACUCAACCUGUUUGUGACGAGUUGAAGCUCCCGCGCCUUGUGCUCAGAACUGGUGGAGCCUCGUCUUUUCUUGUUUUUGCCUCUUUUCCACUUCUUAGAGAAAAGGGUUACCUCCCCGUACAAGAAUCUAGAUUGGAUGAGCCUGUGGUGGAUCUCCCACCACUCAAGGUGAAAGAUCUUCCAAAGUUUCAGUCGCAGGAUCCUGAGGCAUUCUAUAAACUAGUUUGUCGCUUUGUUGAGGAAUGCAAGGCAUCUUCAGGGGUUAUUUGGAACACCUUUGAAGAGUUGGAAUCAUCUGCUUUGACAAAAUUGCGCCAAGAUUUUUCCAUACCAAUAUACCCUAUAGGCCCUUUUCACAAACACUUGCUUACAGGCUCUGCGUCUUCUACUAGCUUGUUGACCCCAGACAGAAGUUGUAUGUCUUGGUUAGACCAACAAGAUCGUAACAGUGUUGUUUAUGUGAGUUUUGGGAGUAUUGCAGCAAUAAGUGAGGCUGAGUUCUUGGAGAUUGCUUGGGGGUUAGCCAACAGCAAGCAGCCGUUCUUGUGGGUGAUUCGACCUGGGCUAAUCCAUGGUUCAGAAUGGUUUGAACCAUUGCCAAGUGGGUUCCUAGAGAAUUUGGGAGGAAGAGGCUACAUUGUCAAAUGGGCUCCUCAAGAACAAGUGCUUAGCCAUCCUGCAGUGGGAGCAUUUUGGACUCAUAAUGGUUGGAACUCAACUCUAGAGAGCAUAUGUGAAGGGGUUCCAAUGAUUUGUAUGCCAUGUUUUGCAGACCAAAAGGUCAAUGCCAAAUAUGCAAGCAGUGUUUGGAGGGUUGGGGUGCAAUUACAGAAUAAGCUAGAUAGAGGAGAGGUAGAGAAGACCAUUAAAACACUCAUGGUUGGGGAUGAAGGGAACGAGAUUAGAGAGAAUGCCUUAAAUUUGAAGGAAAAGGUAAAUGUUUCCUUGAAACAAGGUGGUUCGUCUUACUGUUUCCUUGAUAGAUUGGUUAGUGACAUAUUGUCACUGAAAUCUGCUACAUCUAGAGUUCACUGAUAUCUUUACUAACAAUCAACCGGCCACAUGUAUUGCAAAAAGCAAUUCAAUUUAUGAAUCAACAAAAUAGACUGAAGGAAAUAGCUGUCAUCAAAUUGUAAUUCAAUCAAAUGCUGAUAUAGCACAUAAUAUCAGCUACCAAUUCCUCUUACCUUGUCUACAGUUUACUUGUACUUUUAUUAGUCUACAAUUUUUUGCUUAUACUCCUCUAGGUUUAUCUGUAGUGGGAUAAGGCUUUUAUUGUUUGUUGUUUAUUCCACUAGGUUUAUUUCCUAACAUUAAAGAUUAGGUUUAUACUGUAUAACUCAUACAUAUUGCCUUUGAUUUUUUAUUUUUAGGUGGAUAAUGGAUAUAUAGCUAGUCGAUUUCUAUCUA